AUGUCUACUUCGAAGUAUACCUCGAAGCUCGCUGGUCAACGAGUCCUAAUCCUAGGUGGUAGCUCAGGACUCGGCUUCGCCGUCGCCGAAGCUGCCCUUGAGUACGGUGCCCACAUCAUCCUCUCCAGCUCCAACCAAAGCAAGCUCGACAAAGCCGUCGACCGUUUGAAAGCAGCUUAUCCCACUCAAACCUCAACGCAGACCAUCAUCACCCACGUCUGCGAUCUCUCUGACGCUGUCAACCUCGAUAGCAACUUUGCAAGACUGUUCCAGGCUGCCACAGCCAACGGCGCACACAAAUUGAAUCACAUAGUCUCCACUGCUGGCAAUCCAUUGCAUAUGCCUCCGCUAAAUGAUAUCCAAGCGCAAGACAUCUACAGGGACAUGAAUGUGCGCCUCGUCGCCCCGGCUGUGAUGGCAAAGUUCAUUCCCAAGUAUGUGGAGUCAUCACCGUCAAGCUCCCUUACUUUGACUGGUGGCGUACGAAGCCGCAAGCCUGCACCUGGUUGGACUAUUAUUACAGCUGGUACUUCCGGGGUUGAGGGGCUUGCGCGUGGGUUGGCGCUAGAGCUGGCGCCUGUUCGUGUCAACACUGUGGCACCGGGUGCCGUGAAGACUGAAUUAUGGGAUCCCCUGCCUAAGGAAAUUUUGGAGAAUUUGCUGCAGGAGUCUAGGGAUCAGUCGACUACUGGAACUGUGGCGGCGCCAGAGGAUCUGGCGGAGAGCUAUAUCUACUUAAUGCGGGAUCGUUUCGUGACAGGGUCGGUGAUUGAGUCAAACGGCGGAGUUUUGCUGAAGUAG